AUGUCAAGUGCGAUAGACGUUGCCGUAAUCGGAGUAGGUCUCGUUGGCUCAGCUGUGCUUAAGCAGCUCGCAACGGUGCCUUCUCUCUCUGUGCUCAAGGUUGUGGCGCUGCAAAACAGCCGCAAGACGCUCCUCGCCGCGCCAGGUCAGCACUUGGCGUUGGACCACUGGCAGGCGCAGCUCGAGACGAGCAGCUCGCCCGCUCUUUCGCUCGAGCAGCUGGUAUCUGAGCUCCAAGCGAUUCAGGCAAAGAAUCGUCGUCACAUUGCCGUCGUAGACAACACGUCGAACGACACGGUGGCUGGCUUCUACCCCUCGUUCCUCCGUGCCGGCUUCAGUGUGGUGACGCCGAACAAGAAGGCCUUUUCCGGCUCCGUUGACUUGUUCUCUGCGAUGGAAGAGGCGAAGGAGAACGACGCACGCCCCCUCGUGUACCAGGAAAGCACAGUCGGUGCGGGUCUGCCGGUCAUAAGCACGCUCAAGGACCUCGUAGCUACGGGCGACCGCAUCCACAAGAUUGAGGGCGUGCUCAGUGGGACUAUGAGCUACAUUUUCAAUGAAUUCAGCCCGGCUAGCGGUAGCACUACCAAGUUUUCCGAAAUUGUGAGCGUCGCGCGCCAGAAUGGGUACACGGAGCCGCACCCCGGCGACGAUCUCUCAGGCUCCGACGUGGCUCGCAAGCUCACGAUUCUCUCGCGCCUUAUCCCGAACCUAGCGUAUGCACUCCCCAAAGGCUAUGAGUCUGUCGACACACAGUCGCUCACGCCUGCAGGCCUCGCGAACGAGUCCAAUGCGGACGUGUACGUGCAGCGUCUGCCUGAAUUCGACGCCGAAUUCGACGAGAUGCGGGCGCAAGCACAGGCAAAGCACUGCGUGCUUCGCUACGUUGGCCUGAUUGAUGUGGAGAAGAAGAUCAUCAAGGCCGGCCUUGAGGCGUACCCCGCUGACCAUCCCUUUGCGACGUCGCUGGGCGGCUCGGACAACAUUCUUUCCUUCACAACCGAGCGGUACCCACGCCCGCUGCUGGUGCAGGGCGCUGGUGCCGGUGCGGAUGUGACGGCCAUGGGCGUCGUGGCUGAUCUGGUGCGUGUGGCCGAGCGGCGAGGCUAG